GUCUGCUCUUUUAUUUUUAUUUUUAAUGCUCUUCUAGCCUGGCCACUGCCCUCCCCCUCCCCCUCUCCUCACCUUAAAUUUCUUUGCCUCAACUCAACAACUUGUGCAAUUUCAAAGAAAGAGCAACAAUAUAUAUAUAUUAUGAAACCAAUGCUGCAGCAGACAAUGAUGAUCUUGAUGCUGAAGGUCAUCUCAGGGGGCCAACUCUCUGCUGUGCACUGUGCUUAAUUAUCCUUCACCCACCUUCCCUUCCUCACCAUUAAACCAUUAAACCAUUAAGAGAGAGAGAGAGAGAGAGAGAGAGAGAGAGAGAGAGAAGGAAAGGAAAGAUAUAGGUCCCCUCUUGGAAUUGCCAUAAGUCUUUUUCUUUUGUUCUUUUGUGGUUUUGUAUGUAUGGGUGUUUGGUGCAAGUAAAUAUCAAGCAAACAAAGUCAGAUUUGGUUGUGUUGUUUGUUUUACCAGUAAUGGUCAUGAGGAGCUGCUGCUGCUAGUUCUUUCUUCCUUUUUGUUUCUUGUUUGGCACUGAAUGAGAUAAUAGAUGAUGAUGAUGGCUACUUCUACUAUUAAUAUUGGUGGAAGGAAGAAGAGAGACCAGUACUUGUUUCUCAUCAUCUUCUUAUGCACCUGCACCAUCUUUUUCCAAAGGUUUUCACUUUCAGUGGAAGCUGCUUCGAAUUCGGGGGGCCUCAAAUACACAAGGCAUAAUUCUAAGCAAGUUAGCAGCUUGAGACUGCAAAGGAUUGAGAAGCGCCUCAACAAGAUCAACAAGCCUGCUGUCAUCACCGUUCAGAGCCCAGAUGGAGAUAUAAUAGAUUGCGUUCAUAAAAGAAAACAGCCAGCUUUGGAUCACCCUCUCUUAAAGAAUCACAAGAUCCAGAAGGAGGCACCAGAAAGGCCAAAAGCGAUGAAGAUGAAGAUGAAGCACACAAAUGAUAAAGAUGAAGGGAUUAACAAUAAUAAUGGAGAUGAAGCAGCAGCGGCAGUUGAGGGUAAGGGUAAGGAGGGUGCAUGGGUUGUGCAGCAAAUGUGGCACCGAAAUGGGACGAGAUGUCCCAGAGGAACGGUUCCAAUACGGCGAAGCACAGUGGAUGAUGUCCUGCGAGCCAAAUCUUUGUUUGACUAUGGCAAGAAGAAACAGCAUCAACCUCCUAAUAAUUUCAAUUUUAAUAAUAAUCUCACUGCUGAUCUUGCUGCUAGGCGCACCGAUGCACCCGAUGUAGUCAGCGGCAAUGGCCAUGAGCAUGCAAUUGCGUACACCGGAUCAUUGCAAGAAGUGUAUGGGGCAAGGGCGACAAUCAAUGUGUGGACCCCGUCGAUCGAACAAGCAAACGAGUUCAGUCUCUCCCAGAUUUGGGUUCUUUCCGGAUCAUUCGACGGCUCAGAUCUCAAUAGCAUAGAAGCUGGAUGGCAGGUCAGUCCGGAGCUCUAUGGUGACAACAGGCCCAGAUUGUUCACUUACUGGACG